CCCCAACACGUGUCGAAUUAUCACACUUGUCUCAAUCAAUACGCGGGGUGGCGUCGCGACGCAUGCGUCCCCCUUUCGAAUCAAUACCCCAGUCCGCUGUACACCCCUAUCCCGCUAGGGUGUCUCCACAUUACCAAAAAUAACAACAGACGAACAGAUGGGCUGUUUGGGCGAAUGCUGGGACGUGGGCCCACCCCCGGACAGCAUCCUAAGCCUACCGCCGCCCCCAAUACCAGCUUUCUUGCAACAUCCCCUACCCGAUUUGUUGCUAAACACGACUCCGUGCUCCUCACAACAACUGUGCGAGUCUUUGCCCUCCUCGAACAGGAUCCCGGAUGCUGGCGACUACGUGGAGAUGUCGAGGAAAGAUAUUGAGUCGUGGUCGGUGACCGCCAUCGACGACACCUGGCUGCUGGUCCUGGUGGCCUCCUCCAUCGGGGUGCUUCUGCUGGGGGCCCUCCUGGCGAUGUUUCUGCUCAAAUGCCGAGAAAUGAACAUGUUUGACGGCAACGAGUGUUCGCUGCAUUCGCGCGACCACCGCCAGAUCAAGAGCCACGAGCCGCGCGAGUGCACCUCCGUGGCCAACCUCAACGGCAACAAGCUGGUGCACCCCUCGGAGGCCGUGAUGUUCCACGGGGGCGGCGUGCCCGACAACCGCAUGGUCUGGGCGGCGCUCACGCCCCACGGCACCCAGCACUUCAUCUCCGAAAACUACCCCCGCGAUUUAAUCGACUAUGGGGACGUUGACGACCAUUACGAAACCGUGGACAAUCUGAAUAUCGAGCCAGUGCUCUCGCAACCGCCUUACUACAAAGAUUACGACUACGAGGAACCGACGCCUCUGAUUGAGAGCUACCAGCUGGAUGACAUGGACAGGGACGGGCAGUACCAAGUGGUGGGCAAUACGGAUAUGAGGUGUGCGAGUUUGGGCUUCGGGGCGAAUACGCUCAGGAGGGGGGUGCCGGUGCGGCCGAGGGUGUCUUCACCGACGCGCAUCGAGCACCCCAAUCUGCCCCCGCUUAAUCUCUACCCCCACAAAGGGGGCACCUUGAAGAGGAACACGCUCAGUUAUCGGAAUGUCGAUACCGGUACUUUGCCCAAGUUCGGGUGCUAAGUGGCUAUUUAUCCGCAAUUUGUAUAUUGUUUACAUGUAACUUGUCUAUUCUCGAUGUUUUUUGAUUAGAUGCUGUUUAUUUCAAUAAAGUAUUUGUUAAUGUA